AUGAUUAUUCCUGGUCCUCGUAAUCCUAAAACCAGGAUUGAUGUAUACCUGCAGCCCUUGAUUGAUGAGCUAAAACUACUAUGGGAAGAUGGCGUUUUAACUUAUGAUAUUCAUUCCAAGUCAAAUUUUGUAAUGCGAGCUGCAUUGUUGUGGACUAUUAAUGAUUUUCCUGCAUAUGGAAUGUUGUCUGGAUGGAUGACAGCAGGCAGGCUAGCAUGUCCAUACUGUAUGGAACGAACCAAGGCAUUCCAAUUAAAAAAUGGGAGAAAGCCAUCAUGGUUUGACUGCCACAGACAAUUCUUGCCAAAUAAUCACAUGUUUAGAAGAAACAAGGAUGCAUUCUAUAAGAAUAGAAUUGAGAGAUCAGAACCUCCGCCAAGAUUGACUGGAGAGCAAAUAUGGUAUAUAGUUCAGAAUUAUGAUAAGAUAAGUGAUGUAGAGCAACUUGAGAUAGAAGGAUAUGGAAGUACGUAUAAUUGGACCAAAAGAAGCAUAUUUUGGGAUUUGCCUUAUUGGCAUCAUAAUUUAAUCCGUCAUAACCUUGAUGUAAUGCAUAUUGAGAAGAAUGUAUUUGAUAAUAUAUUCAAUACUGUCAUGGACAUCAAAGAGAAGACUAAAGAUAAUGCAAAGGCUAGAAUGGAUCUGUCAUUAUACUGCAAGCGAAAAAAUUUAGAACUGCCAAAACAAAGUGGAGGUAAAAUUAUAAAACCCAAAGCAAACUACACCUUUACCCUCCAGCAAAAGAGGGCAAUAUGUGAAUGGGUGAAAGAGUUAAGGAUGCCUGAUGGGUAUGUUUCAAAUUUAGGGAGAUGUGUUGACAUGAAAGAGGGCAAGUUAUAUGGAAUGAAAAGUCAUGAUUGUCAUAUAUUUAUGGAACGUUUACUGCCAAUUGCUUUUAGUUCAUUGCCAGAGCAGAUCUGGAAGCCAAUAACAGAGUUAAGUCAAUUCUUUCGAGAUUUGUGCUCAACAUUGUUACGAGAAGAUGUUCUAAAUAAGCUAGAAGAAAAUAUUUCAAUUGUGCUAUGCAAGCUAGAACGUUUCUCCAUCAUCUUAAAAAAAAAGGUCAAGAACAAAGCACAUGUUGAAGGAUCUAUCGUUGAAUCAUACCUAAUUGAGGAGAUUUCUUACUUUUGUGAGUACUAUUUUAACCAAACUAGCAUCGAUGAAAAGCAAAAUGAUGAAGGUGAUGAUUCAAUUGAGCAAAAUUUGUCUAUUUUUAAUUUGCCUGGUUGUUUGGCUGGUGAAUGCAAAACUCGUUAUUUAGAUGACAAAGAAUUCAGUGUAGCCAUGAAUCAUAUACUAAUAAACUGUGAUGAAAUUAAGCCAUAUAUUGAGAUCUUUGUGGAUUUCAUACGCCAAGAUCAUAUUACUUUAAGUGAUGAACAAGUUGAUCAAUUUAUUGAAGCGGAUUUUGCAGAAUGGUUUAAAAAUUAUGUUCAUGAUCCUUUAAAUAAUGUGACAGAUUCGAAUAUUCAUUCCUUGGCAUGGGGUCCUUUGAGAAUUGUUAAAUGUUGGCCUAUUUACAAAGUCAAUGGCUUCAAGUUUCACACAAGAUCUCACUCAAGUGGAAAGUCAACUCAAAAUUAUGGAAUAUGUGUCAAAGGCACAUGUUAUGGUGAAUAUGAAAAUGAUUUCUAUGGCCUGCUUAAUGAAAUUAUCCAAGUUGAGUAUACUGGGCUACCACUAAAAAGAGUUGUACUAUUUAAAUGCGAAUGGUUUGAUCCCACGAUUGGCAAAGGAACAAAGGUAAACAAAGAGUAUGGAAUCAUACAGAUUCGAAAGAAUCGACGAUAUAGUAAAUAUGAUCCAUUUAUCAUUGCACAUAAAGCAAUUCAAGUAUAUUUUGCACCUCAUCCAAUGAGCAACACCAAGGAAAAAGCAGAAUGGUGGUUUGUAUUCAAGACUAAAGCAAGAGGUGAGAUUGAGAUUGAAACAACGGAGGAUUUUGCAUAUCAAGAAGAUGGCACAAAUCAAUCUAACAAUCAUAUCUCAAAUGAUAUUGAUAUUGUUGUUGAUUUACUGGAUACCAAUAACGAAGAUAUGGAUGAGGAUGAGAAUGAAGACGAGGACGACGACGAGAACAAUGAGGAUGAAAAUCAAAAUGAAUAG